CGCGCUUCCCCUGCAACAGGCUCACACCAUGAAAACAACCGACAACUCCGAUCCAAUCACUCUCUCUGAUCAGCUUUCCUCUCUUCUCGGCGAAAUCCCUGCCAUUCUUCACUUGAAAGGUAAAUGGUCCCUCAUCGCUUCAAAACUCCAUCUUCUUCGCUCUCGACUUGCCGAUUUCUCCUCCCACUUCCCCCACUCCUCCUCCUCCAACUCACUAUCCAGAGACCUUCUUCUCUCCAUAGCCCAGACGCUCAACGAUGCCGUUUCCCUCGUCAAGGAUUGCCAGCUCCCCACCUUGUCCCACGGCAAGCUCAAGACCCAGAGCCUCAUUGAUUCCCUCCUUGCCAGCCUCGAUCGCCACCUCUCAGACUGCGAUGUUCUCCUCAAAAGUGGUGUCCUCCGGGACGAUGCCAUUUCAACUGCGUCUAACAGGGACGCUGUUCGUUCUGAAUUAAGGAAUUUGACCGCUCGUUUGCAAAUUGGGUCCUCUGACUCUAGGAUUUUCGCUAUGGACUCCUUUCUGGGUUUACUACAAGAGGAUGAUAAGAAUGUGAUGAUAGCUGUGGCACAGGGUGUGGUUCCCUUGCUCGUUCGCUUACUGGAUUCGAGCUCUUCGGAAAUGAAGGAGAAGAUCGUCGCCGCGAUAUCCAGAGUUUCAAUGGUGGAUAGCAUCAAGCAUGCAUUAAUUGCCGAAGGUUUGGUUCUUUUGAAUCACCUGCUUCGAAUCCUUGACCAUGGAAGUGGGUUUGCCAAAGAGAAAGCUUGUACUGCCCUCCAAGCUCUAACGUUCUCGAGGGAGAACGCGAGGGCAAUCGGUUCUAGAGGUGGAAUUUCUUCUCUAUUGGACAUUUGCCAAGUUGGCACGCCUGGUUCCCAGGCUUCUGCAGCUGGAGUUCUUAGAAAUCUUGUGGUUUACCCUGAAGUCAGAGUUCAUUUCGUCGAGGAAAAUGCGGUUGUUGUUCUGCUCGGGCUCGCUUCUUCGGGUACUGCAAUAGCCCAAGAAAACGCAAUUGGUUGUUUGUCUAAUCUAAUUUCUGACGACGAAAGCUUGAAAUUAACGAGUGUUAAGGAAAGAGGGAUUGAGUGUCUGAAGAAUUUCUGGGACUCAGUUUCGUCCGUUCAGAGUCUUGAAGUAGCAAUUGAGUUAUUGAGAAGCCUGGCUUCGAGUCCGUCGAUUGCCGAAGUUCUUAUUUCAGAUGGGUUUGUUCAGAAACUGGUGGGCGUGUUACAUUGUGGUGUACUAAGGGUGAGAAUUGCAGCCGCUCGAGCUGUUUAUACUCUAGGGUCCAGCACCACAAAGGCGAAGAAAGAGAUGGGCGAAUGUGGAUGCAUUACUCCAUUGAUACAGAUGUUAGAUGGCAAAGCUGUUGAAGAGAAAGAAGCAGCUGCAAUGGCAUUAUCAAUACUCAUGUUCUAUACAGGCAAUAGGAGGAUUUUCCGGAAGGACGAGAGGGGUAUAGUGAGUGCUGUUCAGCUGUUGGAUCCUUCAAUAGAGAAUUUAGAUAAGAAAUACCCAGUUUCCAUUCUGGUCUCACUUGUGCAUUCCAAGACCUGUAGAAAACAAAUUGCAGCAGCUGGUGCUAGUGUACAUACACGAAAACUUGUAGAGAUGAAUGUUGAGGGAUCUAAGAAACUCUUGGAUAGCCUUGGUCGCGCAAAGGUAUGGGAAGCAUUAGCAAGAUCAUUCGGAUGAAACUUUUCUUCAAAUUCCAAACUAUGGAUAAAGGAGCAAGAGUUGAUUUGUUGAUCUGUAUGUAUGAUAAUUUAUUCAGUUUAUCUUUCUUCCCUUUUUUUUUUCCACAUGUUAAUAAUUUGUGUUCACUUCUCUUUUGUUUAUAAACUUGAUGUAGAAUGUGACCUAAUCAAAUUUGAGUUAAUCUGUAUACAUGGAAAUAUUCACUUACGUUCUAGACAGUUUUUGUUGA